AUGGCUUCACAGGGCAAUAGGUCGCAACUCCUGCUCACUGGUUACCUUGAUACAAAUCAUACAUCCUCGCUCGAAGCAUACUGGAUCACACGGCCCACACCGUGGCCUUUCGUCGCCGCGAGUGUGACUCUUUCUAUCAUCCUGGGGUUUCUUGGUGUACAAACGUCUUACAAAUCAUGGGAAUCAACGAAAAGGAUCAAGUCAGGUGCUAGUCUCAUCUCGAUGAACGAUAUAUCUUAUCAGCCAAUCCGACAAUCAUCUUCGUAUGAGCAGCGCCACAGGAGAUGGACAUCUGCAUCAUCUUCGAACGACUUUUCGACAACUAGGACUCUGAUUGAGAACGAUGCAAUGGAUACCUUUGUCAAUGAUCAGCGCCGGAGGACUGUGUCAGUCGAUACCACACUCAGUGGAACAAACAUGCAUGGUGGACUUGGUACAUUCGCACUUACCACUACUGCAAUCGGUAUCACUUGGUCAACAUUACGGGCAGCCACCACUCUAGCACUUAUGAUUCAAAUUGUGUCAGGGGAGAAACAUACAUACCCUGGAAUUGCCAGCCUUGUGAUCAUGUUCACUUCGGUACAGACAUACCUGGGGAGUCGGGCCAUGCCACGCAUCCUAUAUCUCCUCAUUGUGAUAGACCUACUCAUGAUCUAUAGCUGUGUUGUUCUUGCUAUCUUCUCUUUCCUCCAGGACAAGAAAACAUCAUACCAAGAAUUUGCCAUCCAAGGGGGAAACUGUCCAUGCAUGUUGGGCUUCAAGACAGGGCACGACAUGGAAUCAUGUGCAAUGUUCCCCAGCCCUCCAUCUUUUGUUGGCUGUGAUACCCAGUAUCUUUGGUCCAACAACACCGACCAUUUCACGAACCUAACUGUCACAUAUCCUAAAUCUUGCCUCCUCUCUGACCACAACAACGGCAGCGACAGUGACCUCAACCCGAACCUGAUGACAUAUCUGGUCCUCUCCGAGAUUGUAGUUGGCGGUGUUGGGCUACUAUACGGUCUUAUUGUAUUGGGAUUCGCCUCCCGCUGGAUUCCACGAGCCCUUUCGCAUCCCAAAGAGCUCUUCGUCUCAUUCCCUCUCAUAUCCCUUGAGCCGAAGAACGCCCGGCCAGGCCCCAACCCGAUCGACCCGUACAAGCAAAAAGGAAGACACCACAAGAUGCCGGGGCGGGCUGUUGGAAUGACGGUGCUGGCGUUCGUUGCCAUGCUCGCCUUCGCCACCAUCACCAUUGUCGUCCAUGUCCUUGAUGAGACCCGUGCCAUACGCCUCUUCUACAUGGACAGUGUCGGUCCACGCCUCGACGGCGCAGGUAGCAUAGGUGGCAACAAUGUCAUCGACACUGGUGGCGGGAAUCUCGCCUUGGGCAGCAGCUGGUCGGAUUGCUUCGUCGUCGAUACCCCGUACUGGGCCGACGGCGGUUUCAAGGACUGGUGGAACGUCCACAAGAGUAACUUGCUGAGGUCCAUCGCGCUGGUCUGA